AUGAAGUCAGGACUUCUGGUCGCCCUUGCCGGCGCCACCGCCGCAGUGACUUCCGUUGCUGCCGCGCACGUUCGCCGUGAGACCAUCAAAGGUGAUGGAUAUCUGAGCAUCCCGGUCGACGAGAUCAAGCCCGAUCUGAGCCACUUGAGCACUCGCGAUGCCAUCGAUGUUAUCAUCGUGAACCGCCAGUACUACUACUCCUUGGGAAUCGAUAUCGGCACUCCUUCCCAGAAGAUCACUGUCCUUCUUGACACUGGAUCUUCGGAGCUCUGGGUCAACCCGGACUGCAGCACCGCUCCUUCCGCCUCUCAGGCUCGUGCUUGCAGCUCCGCCGGCCAGUACAUCCCUCGCAACAGCCGCACCCCGCCCAUCGGCCCCUUCGACAGCCGCAAGCUCAACUAUGGCGAUUCUUCUCAGCCUGACACCCUGACCAGCGCCGAGAUCGCCUACUACACCGACACUAUCUCUUUCAGCGGUUCCGGCAAGAUCACCAACCAGACCUUUGGUGUCGUUACCAAGUCCACCGGUAUCAGCACCGGCAUCCUUGGCCUCGCUCCUGACUUGAAGUCUGGCUACUCGGCCGGCAAGCCCUACAGCCUCGUCAUCAACUCUCUGCAGGAGCAGGGCGUGAUUAACAGCCGCGUCUUCGCUCUCGAUCUCCGCCACGCCGGUUCCGACAGCGGUGCUCUCAUCUUCGGCGGCCUCGACAAGGGCAAGUACAUUGGCAGGCUCGAGCAAGUUCCCAUGUCUACCGGUGCCCGUGGUGAGCCUCGCCUCGCCGUCACGCUGUCCUCCGUCGGCAUGAUCUCCCCCAAGGGCGAUGCCAAGACCUACAACCUUGCCGAUGCUGACAAGAAUGUCAUGCUCGAUUCGGGUACGACCCUUAGUCGCUUGCAUGCCUCUCUUGCCAACCAAAUCCUCGGCGACCUCAAGGCCACGAGUGCCGAAGGCGGCUACUGGGUUGCUGACUGCGCUCUCCGCACUCCCCCCCUCACUAACGGCGGAUCUGAUGCCUACAUCACCUUCCAGUUCGGUCGCAAGACCAUUCGUAUUCCCCUCAGCGACUUCAUCCUUGAUAUGGGCCCCAAGUCCGGUCAAUGCUACGUGGGCCUCGUCAUCACCACCGAUCAGCAAAUCCUUGGUGAUAGUGUCCUGCGUGCUGGAUACUUCGUCUUCGACUGGGACAACCAAGCCAUCCACAUCGCCCAGGCCGCUAACUGUGGCCGGGACGCCAUCGUGGCUAUUGGAAAGGGCAAGGAUGCCGUUCCGUCUUCUGCUGUGGGCCUCUGCGAUGGUCCCUCGGGCUACAGCGACGACGACCCGACUGUGAGUCAGCUACCUAAAGUCUCUACAACAGAGGUUAUGAACCCUGCUACGACGGCGAUUCUUCGUGGUCCUGGCGCUGGCAACGGUCAAACCUUCUCCAUCUCCUUCACAAUGCCAUCUUACGGCACUGUCAAGUCUUCUGCUACUGCUUCUUCUGCUGCCGCUACUUCAGCCGCAACCCAAGAGACUACCAAGACAUUGACUCCCUCUUCUCAGACGACCUCGCCGCACGACACCUCACAGGACCCCGCCUCGACCUCAACCGCGGGUUCCAAUGACUCGCACUCAGGUGCAGUCUCGUGGAGAACCGAGUCGAGAGACCUUUGUCUCGUUCUGGGCAGUGCCAUGACGUUGGCGGCUUUGCUCUGGAAUGUCUAA